UGAUGAACUUGCUUCCGAAGUUCCCACACCAUGGGUUCAAGAACUUCUCAUAGAUGUUUGUCUAACUAACAGGAGAGCGGACCAAGGGCUGGUGGCCAUAAGUGAGGAUGGACAAUCACCCAUCUCCAUCGGACAGAUGGCCUACGUCUCGGGCCUGGCGUUUGGAGUCAUCAGCGGUGCCUUCUCCGUCAUCAACGUUCUGUCCGACUCGCUGGGGCCCGGAGUGGUGGGGGUUCAUGGCGGCUCCCCCUACUUCUUCCUCACCUCCGCCUUCUUCACCAUGGCUCUGGUUCUCCUGCACACGUUCUGGGGCGUUGUGUUCUUCGACGCUUGCGAGAAGCGCAACUGGCUGGUCCUGGCCGUGGUCGUCUCCAGCCACGUCCUGACCUCCGGACUGACGUUCUUGAAUCCCUGGUACGUUGGAAGCCUCGUCCCAAUUUACGGCCUAGUGGUUGCCAUGGGAACGUGGGCCUACUGCACGGCUGGAGGGUCAGCGCACAAUAUCUGGCGUUGCUUCACAUGCCCAAAGAAACCCGACCCUCAUGUCCUGAUCUACUCCACUCUCCGAAACCCAGCUGAAGACUGACAACCGAGGACCAGACCCUCGGUACGCACCUUUCCUCCCUUCAAAAUGGCUGCCCCCCACGGUCCUGUGGCGUGCUGUGAUAGUGACCAAAUGUGAAAUGGAGAACGUCAUCUCCCGCGAGACCCUUUAAGAUGUAACGGAUCAACAUCCAAACACUAAAUCAUGUCCUCCUGGGCUUCUGCGCCCAACCCCCCUCGACAUGAGGUUCAAACAUGGCCGCAGGGCUGCCCUCGUGAUUGCCUGCGAAAAAUAAUGACGUGCAGACACCAGUUGACUGAAUUCUGUGUCAGAAAGUGCUCAGUGGAGCGUUUAAUAUCUCACUACAAAUACACGGACGAUAUUUUUUUUUUGCAAUGU